AUGGAUCCCAAAGUUGAUAAGGGCUUUGUCACUGGCCCUUCAAAGGGAGGAGCCUCAAACAAUGCAAAAGGAAAAGGAAAGGAAAAAGAAGAAGGUAGUGAGGAAAAAGAUUUAAGUAUUGAGGAAGUAGAGGAAAUGAUAUGUAAACAUAAAAAGCACUUAAGGAUGUUGAAGUACAAAAGAAGACGAGGAGAGUGUAGUAAAUCGACCCGUAAUUCAUUGGAUCAAUUGGAACAAUUGAAAUUGAAAUUGAAUAGAAAAACAAUGUUUCGUGCACAAGAUGGUGUAUUAAGAUACAUUUUAAAAAUGAUGGAAUCAUGUGAUGCUCGCGGCUUUGUGUAUGGAAUCGUACUCAAAGAUGGAAAAACAAUAAGUGGCUCCUCGGAAAGUUUGAGAGCAUGGUGGAAAGAGGAAGUAAGGUUUGAUAAAAAUGCUUCACUUGCAAUUUUAAAGUAUGAUGAAAAAAAUGGAAAUUCAUUCGUGAAUGGUAUGUUGAAUGGGAAAAAAAUAACACCUUAUUCAUUGUAUGAAAUAGCUGAUACAAAAUUAUCUUCGAUUUUAUCUUCAUUAAUACAACAAUGCCAACCACCGCAGAGGUAUUAUCCGUUGGAAAAAGGCAUUCCACCACCGUGGUGGCCAACGGGAAAAGAGUCGUGGUGGAGUGAAAUAGGAGUUGGUAAAGAUCAAGUUCCUGACGCCCCUCCUUACAAGAAGCCUCAUGAUCUGAAAAAGAUUUGGAAGGUUUGCGUCUUGAUUGCGGUAAUUAAACAUUUAUCGCCUAACUUGAAGAAAAUUAAGGAUACGGUAAGAAGGUCAAGAACAUUGCAAGACAAGCUUACCGCAAAUGAAACAAGUAUUUGGGCUGCGGUUAUUGAUAACGAGGAAAGAAUUGCUAGAGAAAUGUAUCCGGAUUUUUUCGCAAAUGAAACUUCUUCGCAAUGUGUUGAUCGUCGAGGGGCUAAUUCCAAAAGAGUUGAGAAAACUAGUCUUCCUCAUGGAAGUGCUUUUGUUGAAAGAGGUGGAGAAUGGAACCAAGUUCAACCAAAUUUCAAUGGUGUUGAUGUGGCUCCAAUGAACAAUCUUGUUGAGAAUGGUGGUAAUAAGAGAAAAGUUGAUGAACUUGUUGAAAGCACAAUUACUACAAAAAACAAUGAGGGUUAUACUUGUAUUAAUCCUCAACUUCAAUACCAUAAUCAAGGAGUUGAUGUUAACAAUUCAUCACACUCUAACUUUUCUAUCAUUCCACCUUUUGAGGUUGCUAACAAGAGAAAAUGUGAAGUUGGCAAUGGUAUGAGAUAUAGUUCUGAUCAUUAUGAGAUUUACUCUUUGCAAGAUGAUAUGAAUGUAAGAAACAAUCACCACCUUCCAAGCAUAAUAGGAGGAAGCAGCAGCAACAGCAUCAAUAACAACAAUAACCAAUUCCAUAUGGUUGAUGUUGGAGCAAAAACUCAUCAACAUGUUGCACCUCUUCUUGAUCAACAUGUGCAAGUUGCACUACCCGUUGCUGCAAAUCAUACAGGUAACUACUCUGGAGGAGGAGGAAAAGAAGUGAAUUCUGAUUUUAUGGAUACGCAUAAUUCAGGUAACUACUCUGGAGGAGGAGGAAAAGAAGUGAAUUCUGAUUUUAUGGAUACGCAUAAUUCAUGUAACUACUCUGGAGGAGGAGGAGAAGUGAAUUAUGAUUUUACAGAUACGUUUAAUUCAGGUAACUACUCUGGAGGAGCAGGAGGAGAAGUGAAUUCUGAUUUUAUCGAUACACAUAAUUCAGGUAACUACUCUAGAGGAGGAGGAGAAGUGAAUUCUGAUUUUAUCAAUACAUAUAAUUCAGGUAAUUACUCUGGAGGAAGAGGAGGAGGAGAAGUGAAUUCUAAUUUGAUAGAUAUGUAUAAUUCAGGUAAUUACUCAGGAGGAGUAGGAGGAGGAGUGGAUUCUGAUUUGAUGGAUAUGUAUAAUUCAGGAAUUCUGCCGGAGAAUAAUACCACUAUGAAUCAUGUUGUGCCUGUUGGCAACAUGACUCCUACUCCUGGUAUCAACCAAAACUUUGAGCCUCCAAUCUACCCUGCAAGUGAUCAAGAGAACAACACCAUCAUGAGUGACAUGAUAACUCCAACUCCUGGUGUUAAUCCAAACAUGCAGCCUCAAAUCUACACUUCAAGUGAUUCCAUGAUGGCUACUUCUAUGCCAGUUAUGAACAUGGCUCAAACUUCUGGAUUUAACCAAAACAUGCAGCCUCAAAUGGACAAGAAUUUCUAUGGUGAACAAGAGGUUGGAAAUAGCUCCUAUAACUAUGAAGUGACUAAUGCUGAUGUUGAAGCUAAUGUUCCAAUGCAUGGAAAUGUGUCAACAACAACCAUUGAUGAUUUGAGGGCAUUCAAUUCUCUAUCUGAUGUUGAUGCUUACAACAAUUAUGCAUUUGGUUCUUCUUCUUUUGAGGAAACACCAAGUUAUGAUUUCUCUUGGUUCUACAAUAAAGAGAAUUAA